AUGAAUGACGUUCAGGAGGCCACCUCCCCUGCGACCAGCCUCAGCGGUCCAGCUACUUGCGUCUCCAAAGUAGAGCUGCGUGUGUCUUGCAAAGCUCUGCUGGACCGAGACACACUGAAUAAAUCAGAUCCCUGUGUCAUACUCAUGGUACAGACCAACGGACAGUGGACAGAGCUGGACAGGACAGAAGUGAUCAAGAGCAACUUGCACCCGGUCUUUGCCAAGGUUUUCUCUUUGGACUACUACUUUGAGGAGGUUCAGAAGCUGCGAUUUGAAGUCUACGACAUCCAUGGCACUCACAGCAUUGGGACCCGUGACGAUGACUUCCUUGGCGGGGUGGAGUGCACUCUUGGCCAGGUAGGCAGAUACCACUGUCUACUAAGCCAUUUUGUUGAUUUUUAGUUGUGUUUUCCAGAAUACACUGAUGUACGGUAUGAUGACUUAAAACUGCUCUUUACUGCUGAGGGAUCAAGACCAACAUUGUGUUGAUCUUGCUCUUUGCAGAUCGUGGCUCAAAAGAAGAUGGUGAAGCCUUUGUUGCUGAAGUAUGGGAAAUAUGCUGGCAAAUCCACCAUCACGGUGCACGCCGAGGAAAUUUCUGGCAACAACGGAUAUGUGGAGCUCUCCCUCUGUGCCAAGAAGCUUGAUGAUAAGGAUCUCUUCAGCAAGUCAGACCCAUUUUUGGAAAUAUACCGAAUCAAUGAUGAUGAAACCGAACAGCUUGUGCACAGAACUGAGGUGAUUAAAAACAACCUGAACCCUGUGUGGGAGCCCUUCAAAGUGUCUCUCAUAUCCCUGUGCAGCUGUGAUGAAGACCGAAAGCUCAAGUGCCUAGUGUGGGACUAUGACUCCAGGGGGAAGCACGACUUCAUUGGCGAGUUCUACGCCACUUUCAGGGAAAUGCAGAAAAUUUCCAGUGGAAAUAAGGUGACGUGGGAUUGUGUGAAUCCCAAGUACAAACAGAAGAAGAGAAACUAUAAAAAUUCAGGAGUUGUCAUCCUCAGCGACCUUAAGCUCCACAGAGUGUACUCCUUUUUAGAUUACAUCAUGGGAGGAUGCCAGAUUCACUUUACGGUUGCCAUUGACUUCACAGCCUCCAAUGGAGACCCCAGGAACAGCUGCUCUUUGCACUACAUCAACCCUUACCAGCCCAAUGAGUACCUGAAGGCACUGAUAGCAGUAGGGGAGAUCUGUCAAGACUAUGAUAGUGACAAAAGAUUUUCAGCUUUGGGGUUUGGUGCCAGAAUCCCUCCAAAUUAUGAGGUGUCUCAUGACUUUGCCAUUAAUUUCAACCCAGAGGAUGAUGAAUGUGAAGGGAUCCAAGGGGUGGUUGAGGCAUACCAGAACUGCCUUCCUAAGAUCCAGCUGUACGGCCCAACCAAUGUUUCUCCCAUCACUAACAGGAUAGCCAAGCUGGCAGCAGGCGAUGGCAACAUUAAAGAUGCUUCUCGAUACCACAUCCUGCUCAUCCUCACGGAUGGUGUAGUGACAGACAUGGCAGACACGCGUGAAGCCAUUGUACGAGCCUCCUACCAGCCUCUCUCCAUAAUCAUUGUUGGUGUGGGUAAUGCAGACUUCACGGACAUGCAGAUUUUGGAUGGAGAUGAUGGAGUCCUACGCUCACCAAAGGGCGAGCCGGUCCUCCGGGACAUUGUGCAAUUUGUGCCCUUCAGAGACUUCAAAACGGCUUCACCUGCAGCCCUGGCCAAAUGUGUUCUGGCAGAGGUGCCCAAACAAGUAGUGGAGUACUACAGCCAUAAGGCCAUCUCCCCCAUGUGUCCGAUGAGGGACUUACCCACGCCAAUCCUCAGCCCAGUCGCCACCACCCCAACAGAAUAACAACCCACCCUGUUCCUCGGGCCAAGCUUUGACCACAGUACCAGUCCCGCAAACCGAGAGGGAGAGAGGACGCAUGCCUUGCUACUUUGGACAAGAACUGAAGAGAAAAAUCUUUCUAGAUGUGUUGUUACUCAUUUAUUUAAUUUUUCACUCCUAGCAAAGUGUUUACACAAGGACAGUAAGGCAGAGACUGUGGGUUUUAUUUCUCUGCUCAGUGUGAAUCCAGCACUUCUCCCUGGCUGUGUAAAUUGACCAUCCAGCUGUCUCAGCAUCAUGAGUCCUGAAGGAUUAUGGUUUGUUUUUUUUUCCUAAUUUUUAUGCAUGCAGGCCAGUACCUCAGUGCUGAUCCAUCGAUUGGAUGCAGGCUUAAUAUUCCUUACUGCCCUUGAAUCUCAGCACCUCAGCUAUGUUUAUUAUGUUACUGUUUUCCUUAUCUGCAGAUAAUUUUAAAGAUGUACUGUACAGUAUGUUGCAAUGAAAAUUAGAUUGCUCCACUUGAACAUGCUAACAAUACUAUAUUCAGAUGUUAUAAAUAAAUCAGAGGGAGUAUAAAGAAGAUCUGCUGCCUUUCUAAGUUCCAAACUAUAAUAAUAUUGACCUUCCCACAUAUAACCAAGUCUGUCUGACUUCAGAGUUGGCAUUAUUUUGGAUUAUGGACACUAUUUCCAGGCACGCACAGAUCAUAAUUUCACAUCCACCUGCCAUGAGUUGACACUGGAACAGGCUAAGUGCAAAUUCGAAAAUGCUUGAACAAUAUAAAUUCUUAUUAUCUGUAUCUAAAACGUAAAGAUCUGUUUCAAAAGUCCUGAUUGCAACAGCAACACCUAUAAAUGACGCCACCCCUAAGCUAAAUAAGGACACUUAGCUAAUUCCCCAGUAAUUAGCCCUUCUUGAAAGCCAGGUGAGAAGGCAGCCGCAAUCGAAAUUAGUUUUGUUUAGUUCUGAUGUGUCACCACUUUAGACCUGUUGAUCUUGAACAUCUGUGAAACUGUAAGUGACAGAAUUUUAAGAACUUUAGGAACUUUAACAAUAUGUGAUAUUUGCUGUAGCUUGAGUUCUUUGUAUGCUUUGUCAGUUACAACAGGGAGCUAGCAAGUCACAGCAAGGCAGGCAGCUUGCAGGUUGAAGUGGAGGACGUGUUUGGGUCGCCGUGCAGUAACAAAAUGUUGCAAACAGCUGCCUGAACUUAGCUGUGAACAAAGUUGGAUUAACAUUUUUCUCCAAGAGAAGAUGAAUGGUCACACCCUGUUUUUGGUCUUUUGUCAAGUGGCUGUGGUGUAAGCUAUGAAAAUCAUGCCUCAAACCACGUGAUUCCCCUCCCUCUAAAUCAUCCGUUGUUGUUGUCAUCCCUAAUCCAGUCAUCAUGCAGGUAGCAUUCAGCAGUAUGUUUUUUUUUUUCUUCUUUCUGCUGCUUUUUAUAUACAAUAUAAUUCUACUCAGUGUUUUGCAAGGAAUUUGACCAUUGCCCAUACAGAUUAGACCAAAUGAAAGCACAAAACCGACCACAGUGAGUGCUGUAACACACACAGCAAUGUUCAUAAAACCAGAUCUGGAAUGUGUUAAAUAUACAUCAGUAAAUUAUAAAGCUAAAAAAAUGAUUACAGAAUACAGAUUUUACAAGUGACUAAACAAAUAUAUUACCAAGCAUCAUUAAGUGCAUAAAUUUCAAUAUUAUUAUUUCUGAGGUUUGAAUUAAAUACGAAUCCCACAAGUCUCACUCAUAGCUAAACAAAUCCUUUACUGUGAUGGAUUAUUUUCUUGUCUUUCCCGUCCUUUUUUGAUUUCAUAUGCAUACUAAUCUUCCACUUUGUCAAAGUCGCACAUUGUGGACUUUUUAGAUACAAAGAAUGCAUAUGAUCCUCUAAAAGUGGAACAUUUUACAAAUAAAGCUCAAAAAUUUUUGCUCAUACCAGUAGUCUGACUGAAAAGCAUCAGCAACACAAAUUCUCCACUGCUUUCACCAUAUAGCAUAAACCCUAAUAGUGUGUGGUUUGGCUGAAUAGUUCAUUAUUUGCUGUCUGUUUUGCAUAGUGUUUUCACAUUUAUCUUAAAUGUUGUAUUUGUGCUUUGAAAGACUCUUUGCCAGAAACCAAGCUGUCACCGCUAUUUAAUGCAUAGGAAGAGUAUUUGGUCUUUACAGCUACUAACAUACACACAUAUCCACCCCCAGGCCACAAAUAUUAAUCUGACCUUGAUUUGUCCUCUAGAGCUUCACCAGCCCUCCCCAGAUGCAGACUAUUGACUACUCACGAAUGCACCUCAACACAACUAGCUCUGCUGUUGGCUGCUCUCUGAACUCCUUUGAAGAUAACAACUAUUGAGGUUUCUUCUGUCACUGUGGAUCACAGGAUGAGGCCUAUUGAUUUAGAAGGUCUAGAUUUGGAGCCAUGCUCCGUUUAUCGUAAGCUAUGGUGGGACUUUGGUCUCAUGACUGAAGCUCAGCUCCAUGUGACCGGUUUACAACAGGGAGGAAAUAGAUGCAAAAAUUACGAAAUUCUCUGCUGGAAUAAAUAGCAUUUGACAUGUCUGAGAAAACAUGUCUUUUCUGUAUGAUACAUAAUUUGUUUUUGUAUUUACACAUUUUAAUACAGUCGUUUAUUUUAUUACAUUUCAGAUUCUUCACUUGUGAAAAUCCCACGAGUAUGUCAUUCUAAGGAAACCUGGUUUUCAAAAGGUUAACAUUGCAAACAGUGUGACCAAAAGUUCUCAGAUAAUAACUAUCACAAAAAGUAAAGCAUUUUUGAAAGCCUUUAUCUAUGAAACCAGCUUUGUGCUUUCCCAUAGACCUUUAGUGGCUACUUAUUCUGACUGAAUAAGGCAGCAAGUGCAGAUAUCAACCAAUAUCUCUGUUCCUUGAGGGCAAACCAGCACAUAUAUUGAUAUCUCAAUGGCACUGGCACUUCUUCUGUGAUUUGUGCCUUGGCAAUUCACUCUUUGUCCCCCGUUACCUGUAUCACUUAAUUGCUACUUUGCCUCAGGUUAUGAGCUGCACCAGCUCAAAUGUUUCAUUACCCCAUACUCUUGACAUUUUUAUGAAAAGUGAUUUCACAAUUGAUAGAUGACUGACCUAAGAACAUACACAAUUUUAUUCCUUUAUCUAAUAAGUAUUUUUUGAAUUUUUUUUUAUUGGUUUUAUGAUCAAAUAAGUAAUACAAAAUGCCAAAAUAAGUGUUUUCUCGGUUCAAACACCAGUACAAUGAGCCAUGCAAAUGUUUCAUGCCCCUCUGGGCAUACCUGAUUUACAAAAUACAUUAGAUGUCUUAUGGUAAUACAUGUAAAAGAGUUAUGCACAGGUCCUUAAUGCCUUGCUCGAUUUGCUCCAAAAAGAUUCCUCUUCACCCUUUUUUUUGAAAAUAAUUUUAUAAUUAUUAUCUAUUUCAUUUAGUGACAAGUUUCACUGCAUUGAACCAUGUAUAAAAUGCUAAAGUAUUCAAAGAAUAUCAUUGUGUGCUUGUGUAAAACAGCUACCUGAACCCAAGUGCACAGCCGUGUGGUGUCAUCACCUGGAACAGCUUGAAAAAAAAAACAAACUACAUUUGUGUCUUCAAGGAAACCCUCAAUUUGUGACACAGUGGUGCAAAAAACAGUGAGCUGUUACACUGGAGACAAUAAGACCACAGUUCAUGUGGCCAUCUUGCACUGUGGAUUAAAAAAAAGAUGGGAAGAAUCCACUAAGCUGCUUUUUUCCCCUUAUCUAUACUUGCACCAUUGUCAGACAAAAUUAACAAGUUAUAGGUUUUACACUACACUGAUGUAUUUAAAAUUUCCCAUUCACAUACUCUCUCUCUCUCUCUCUCUCUCUCUCUCUCUCUCUCUCUCACCCAUCUACUGUUAAUUGGAACAAGGUUUACAGCCCAUAACCCUAAUAUGCAACUGGUGUAACUGCAGGCCAUGUGGAUGAGAAAGCAACCCAUGCAUCAUUGGUAAAUAUUUGAUUUCUUCAAAAGGAAGAAAGGGAUUUAUUGCAUGCUUACUUUUAUUGUUAAGCUUUGCUGUGGAGUCAUUCCUUUGGAUUGUAUGAUAUGCUAAUAUGCAAGCCUGCAUUUGCACAAACCUCUGU